AUGGCACCACCACGGCACCCCAAACUCAUGACAGAAGGCACUGCCAUGGCACCCCAACCCCAGCCCCAGCACAACAACACCAACAUGUGCCCCGAGGACGUGAGGCACUGCCAUGGCACCCCGACCCUGGCCCCUGUGGCACUGCCAGGGCACCCAAACCCAGCCCCAGCAUGUGAAGUGCUGCCACGGCACCCCAGCUCCAGGACCUUUGCUGACGGACUGUCCCCCCCAGCCCUGCUGAGGAAUUCCCGGAGGGACAAGGCCCCCAGCUCCCGCCCGCUCCUGGAGAUCUACUCGGCCUCGGGGCUGCUCCUGGCCAGUGUCCCGUGGAAGAGCGGCCGCCUGGUGCACCUGGGCUGGACGGCGGGGGAGGACCUGCUGUGCAUCCAGGAGGACGGGACUGUGCUGGUCUACAACCUGUUCUGCGAGUUCAAACGGCACUUCAGCAUGGGAAACGUGAGGG